UCUAUGUGUGUGUCCAUGGCACCCGCGACACAGGGUUUCCUUAGUGCGGGGCUAUGUUGAGUGUGUGCGUUAUACUAGGUUCGGAUAUUAAUAAAUGGCGUUUGCAAAUUCCAGAUGCGGCGGUGACGCGAUGUCAGUGGCGCCGGCGGUGAAGCGCGAUCUGGAGCUGGAGGCGGGUGGCGGCAGCCCGGGCCGCAAGCGGCGCAAGCAAGCGGCGCCGUCGCGCGCCACGCCCGCGCAUGUGCCGCCGCUCGCACCACCGCCGCUUGACCUGCACGCCAAGAUGGCUGACAUCUACAAGAGCGCACUUGCCUUCGGCGAACUUGCGCUGCCUGCUUUCGAUCCGCUCGCCGCCUUUCGCCUGCUCCCGCGACACGACCCACCGCGCAUCUUCAACCCCGAGGCCUACUGCGACCUCUGCUGCAAGGAGUUCUGCAAUAAAUACUUCUUGAAGACGCAUCGCGCGAACAAGCACGGGAUCUACGACGGUAACGACCUGCAGCCAGCCGCUCCGCCGCCCGCGCAGCCGUCGCCGCCGCGAAGGGCCUCCGACGAGGACUCCGGCGGCACGCCGCGACGGCUCUCCCCGGACUCGGCAAGAAGGGCUCGAGAGUCCGGAUUCCAACCCGACGUCCUGCGGAGACUCGGCGUGGUGAAUCCCGAGGCGUUUUGCGAAAUUUGCUGUAAGGAGUACUGCAAUAAAUAUUUUUUGCGAACGCACCGGGAAAGAAAACAUGGAGUACCUGCGCACCGAUCUCCGGCAGGGGAGCAACAGUCUCCUCCGUUAAUGACUCCGUCGAUGACUCCGCCGAUGCCCACAGGCUUGGGAACCCCAAUCGGCACCCCGCUGCCCACACCUCUGGCCACGCCACCGGCGCUACCGGGCCCGCCGCCCGACACACCGCCACGGUCACAGUCGCUGCCUCCGCCGUUCGACACCGAGGAGAUGGCAAUGGAAGUGAAACGCGAAUGCGAGGAGGAGUUGGAGGCGGCGCUACGCGACGGUCAGACUAGUCCUCUGAACCUCAUAGUGGAGGAAAGGGGUAUAGCGUCACCCGGCUCCGCGAGUGAGGAGUUGCGAAAACUACAGACGAUGAUAUCGCAACUGAACGAGCUAGCGGCCGAGCGACUCGCCGAGGAUCCCAACGACCACCCUCGGCCGCCGUCCUCGUCGCCCCCGCCGCCGGACGACCGGCGGGCGUCCUCGUCCGGCUCGAGUUUCUGCGAGAUCUGCAACAAGGAGCUGUGCAACAAGUAUUUCAUGCGAACGCACAUGCAGCGCAUGCACGGGAUCUCGCUCGAGAGCGGCACGCAGCUGGGCGGCGUGACCUGCGACAUCUGCCACAAGGAGCUCUGCAGCAAGUACUUCCUGCGCGUCCACAAGCACAACACCCACGGCAUCCCGGCGCCGCCGACGCCGGCGACGGCCGCGCCCGCGGAGCCGUGCCCGCUGUGCGCGCGCCGGUUCCGCGGCCGCACGUAA